AUGGCUCCAUCAAGCAGGAGAAGCUUUAUUAAUAAAAAGUUAUUUUGUACCCAGUGCAAUCUAGAAAUAGAAGAAAGUGAUGAAAGCAUAGAUUGUGAUAAGUGCAACAAAACUUUUCAUGUAGUUUGUACUUUGUUAAACAAACGUCAGUUUAAUCAUCUGUUAGCAAACGAAAAAGAAGAAUUUGUGUGUCAUGUAUGUAAUAACAACAAUAACAUCCACAACACCAGUGCUUCUAUAACCGUUGAACUAAAUGCGAUCAAAACAGAGUUAAAGAAAUUGGAUCAGCUGAGUAGUUUACAUGAGACAAUGACAUUCAUGUCGAAACAGUUUGAUGACAUUCUUAAAGGUGUAGCAGAAAACAAGAAAAAAUUGGAAAUCGUACAAAAAGAGAAUAAAGCAUUAAAAUCUGAGAUUAAUAGUUUGAAAAGCUCUGUUAAGUUUCUCAGCGACCAACGAGUGCAAAACGAUUGUGUGAUAACUGGUGUAAAGCAAAAUGAAAAUGUGACAGCUGUUGAUGCAGUAGUAAAACUAUCAGCAGAUGUUGGUGUUACCGUGAAGCCCGAAAACAUAAGUGAUGCCUAUUUUCUGAAAAACAAAAGUAAUAAAUCUCAAUCUGUUGUGGUAAAAUUUUGUUCACAAAAACCUAAAGCUGAAUUGAUGUCGAUGAAAAGAAAAUUGAAAGAAAAGGAGGAAACUCAGAAUAUAUAUAUAAAUGACUAUUUGAGCAGAGAAACAAUGAAUUUUUUAAAAUAUGCGCGAUCUUUGAAGACCGUGGGGUACAAAGCUGUUUAUUCAAGAGGUGCUAAAAUAUUUGCCAAAAGAAACGAGACAUCCAAACCAAGGCUAUUAAAAUGUGAAGAUGAUGUUGAUAAAUUAUUAUCUGAAGCAACAACUUUCCAGCCCCCGCCUCGGCAAUCACAAGUGCCUCAUACGGAUGAAAAUUCUGAUAACGAUUAUGAAUCACCUUCUUAA